CUAUGCCGCUCUGUCUUCUACUUGACAUAACGAGACCCUCCCUUCAUUUCCGUCACUUAUUCCGAUAACACCUGACACCGAAUCCGCGAUCGGACACUUUCCACGAGACGAGUCCAAGUUGAACAAUGACAGCCACAAGGGCCAAAACGGCCCACGUCAAUAUGAUGACCGAUACUAUCAUCAGGAACUUACCCCUUGAUGGAUUGCGCAUGGUUAUGCGCGGGAUGCUGGCGAGCCACCCUGGCUUUACCUCCGCCUUUGAGGAGCAAACAAGGAGUUACAUCUCGGAGACGGCGUGGCAAUGCUCGAACACCCCUCCCACAAGUAUCAAGGUUCCUUCCCAGGCUCCCCCGCCCGUGUCAGAAACUUUCCAGUUAGAUGGCGGUCCCAAGUUGCCUCGAAUCCUCACUGGUCUGUGGCAAUUAUCCAGUCCGGCCUGGGGCACCGCAUCCAGGCCGAAGAUCGUCGAACAGUUCUCCAAGUACGUGGGAAGUGGGUUCACGGCAUUUGAUAUGGCGGAUCAUUACGGGGAUGCGGAGAUAAUUUUCGGGAAAUACCGAUCGUCGAGUAGCUACUCGGACUCGAUAUCUGGUGCGACUUACUCUGCCGGGGGAAUAUAUAACGGAUAUGGUAGCACCAUUUUACUAAUAAAACACGAUCUCUGUUGA